AUGUGGAUGACCCCCAAAAGGAACAAGAUGGAAGUCAAGGAGUUUAGAGCUUUCCUUCCCGAGUGGACCCAGCGUUACUUAGUGGUGCAGCCUCCCGAGGGCAACGGGACCCUGUGCCUGGUGUGUCGCCGGCUCAUCAUGGCCACCCGCGAGCACGAUGUGAGGCGGCACUAUGAGGCUGAGCAUGAGUACUACGACUGGUACACGACGGAGGGCGAGAGCGUGGUCCUGGUGGAGGGCCCACUGUUGGCGGAGGAGAAAGCCAUGCGUGCGGGCUACGGGCUGGCCCGCCUGCUGGCCCUCAAGGGCCGCGGCUGGGGCGAGGAGCACUUCGUGUACCGCUGCCUGGAGCUGAUGCUGCGCGAGGUGCUGCCCGAGCACGAGGGCGUCCUGGAGCACCUGGACCUGGGGCCCGAGGUCACGGGCCAGCGCAUCCUCAAGAUAGACCGCGACCUCCACACGCAGCUCUGCAGCCGCGCCAAGGACUUCAGGGCCUACUCGCUGGCCCUGGACGACCAGGCCUUCGUGGCCCACGAGAACUACCUGCUGGUCUUCAUGCGCAGCGUGAACGACAGCCUGCGCGUGCAGGAGGAGCUGCUGUCCCUGGUCAACCUGACCCAGCACUAUAGCGUCGGGGCAAUGAUGGCGGCCAUUCUGGAGGCCCUGCAGGGCGCGGGGCUGAGCCUGCAGCGCAUGGUGGGGCUCACGACCACGCACACGCAGCGCAUGGUGGGCGAGAACUCGGGCCUGGUGUCCUACAUGCGCGAGAAGGCGGUCAGCCCCAACACCUGGAACGUCAUCCACUACUCGGGCGUCGUCCACCUGGAGCUGCUGAGCUCCUACGACCUGGACAUCAGCGACGUCAUCGGCACCAUCUCCGAGUGGCUGGUGAUCAUCCACUCCCGCGGCGUGAAGCGCCCCGAGUUCCAGUCCCUCCUGUCCGAGUCCGAGUCCCCGCACAGCGAGCGGGUGAACGGACGCUGCCUGCACACCUGGCUGCGCCGAGCCAGGACCCUCAGGCUGGUCUUUUCGCUCAGGAGAGAGAUCGAAGCCUUCCUGGCGUCCGUCGGGGUCCCCACCCUCCACUUCUCCGACCGGCAGUGGCUCUGCGACUUCGCCUUCUUGGUGGACAUCAUGGACCAGCUGCGGGAGCUCAGCGACGAGAUGCGACGCAGCCGGCGGGUCUUUGUCGCCGCCGCCUUUGACCGGGUUUGUCGCUUCGAAGACAAGCUGACCUUGCUGCACGUUCACCUGGAGGAGAAAAACCUCACCCACUUCCCGGCCUUGAGAGAAAUCGUGGACGAGUUCAGGCAGCACCAGGCCAAAGACGACCAGAGGAUCUUUGAGCCUGACAGGUACCAGGUGGUGAUCAGCACCUUACAGAAGGACUUCGAGAAGCAUUUCAAGGACCUGAACUUUAUCAAAAAGGACUUGGAGCUCUUCGCCAACCCCUUUAGCUUCAAACUCGAGUAUGCCCCCGUCUCCGUGAAGGUGGAGCUGACCAGACUGCAGACCAAUUCGGAACUUUGGGAUGAAUACAGGAGGAAAACCCUGGGGCAGUUCUACGCAGGACUGUCUGAAGAAUCUUACCCCAUCAUCAAAGGGGUGGCCUAUAAGGUGGCCUCCUUGUUCGACAACAAUCGAAUCUCCGAGAAGACGUACACCUAUCUGACCCGCUACCAGCACGCCUUGUGCCGCCCGCUGGAAGAUGAACAUCUCCAAGCCUUGUUCCGCAUUGCCACGACGGAGAUGGAGCCCCACUGGGAUGAUCUGGUGAGAGGAAGAAAUGCAGUGAACCCAUAA